AUGCGGACGAUGUAUUUGCGGAUCCUCUUUUCCGUAUUCCAUUUUCACAUCCUCAGCCUCGGGAAUGCGUUCUGGACCGGGUUCCGGAAUCUGGCGAGAAAGCAGCGGGGGAAGUCGGGUGGCCAACGCGGCUAUGGCGAGAGCCUGGGUACUGCCGGCUCUGCUCUAAAACCAACACUCGACAGCUGCUAA